AGGAUUCGUGUCCGUCCCGUGGUAAAUAAUUCAGUUGGUUGAUGUGCUGAUCUGCGUCACGCGGCUCUUGUAUGAAUGUAUCGAUCUCGGUAGUGUUGAUAUACCACAGUGAAAGGACAGGUAGAGCAGAGCCAGGCCCUUCAUACAGGUAGACAGGAAUACCGACAUGGCGACGUUCACAAUGGCAACCUUGGUACUCGUUGUGGUUGUGGUCGUAAUUCUACCCCAUGGCACCGGUGCCGAAAACGUACCGCCAACAAUAGUUGUCAUCCUGGAUGAAAUCAUAGAGAAACAGAACGACAAGAUCCCUGAUAUACUGGACCGAUUCAACAGACAAGACAACCCGUCAGUUACAUUCCAGCUCGUCAACUCGCAAAACAAUGACUCACUUGGCACACUAGAUAAAGUAUGUGACAGAGUGAGGGACGGUGUGGUGGGCAUCAUCGACAUCACAUCCCCAAGUGUCGCGCCCUUGAUGAGGUCCUUUGCGAGCACACUCGGCAUUGCUUACACCUCCAUCGUCGACAGCUCCUACUACCGCUACUCAAGCGGCGACAGCAGCAUACACUUCGAGGUGGAACCUACUUCAGUCGAGUUGCUACGUGUCGUCGCAGCCAUUGUUCGCAAGGAGAAUCUGAACAAUGUUGCCAUUGUCUAUGAUGAAUCUUUCGACAUCCAGAACACCCCCCGGCGAGUGCUGACCAAUGUUCCGGCCCAGCAUCUGUACGUCCGCCAGACGUCCGAUCAAGAGGAGACCAAGAGGCAGCUGAAGAUGCUGCAGGACAUCGAGAUCAAGAACAUCUUCAUCAUCUCCAACGUUGACAACGCUGAAAAGUUCCUCGGCUCGGCGGACAAGCUGGCUAACAGUAACUUUGACGUCAACUGGUUUGUGCUGACGAAGGACUACACGCUGGUGUGUGGGGAGUGUCAGAAAGCAAUAGUUGUCAACGAGAUCGUUGCCAGUUCGGACUACCCUGCCGACAGCGCAUACUAUGAGCAGUUUAUGGAUUCCAACAGAGCAUCCAUGAAGGUAGACGAAGCCCUCGUGUAUGACAUUGGAAUGAUCACGAAGAAGGCUGUGUCCAUGUUCCGCGAUCUCCGGCCCAUCACCUACUCCGACUGCUACAACGUUUCCGAGCCGAAUGUCACGGACUUAGCACAGAGCCAGAACCUCACUCAAGCUCUUAAAGAGAUAUCAUGGAAUGGAGUGUAUGGGGCACUAUCCCUUCAACAAGGCAUUCUUCGCUACAACUUCUCUUUGAAAAUCAACAGAAUUGAAUUUGAUGGAGGGGACGACAAUAACAAGAACAUGGUCGGCAACUGGACGGAGCAGACUGGCCUGUCCCUCAGUGUGGCGUCCCUGACCACGUCAAGCACCAAGAGACACUACAGGGUCGUCACUGUCCCAGGCAUGCAUCCGUUUGUGUAUAAGGAAGGAGGCGAGAACGGCACAGAGCCUAAAUACUCCGGUUACUGCAUUGAGCUGUUGGACAAGAUUGCUGACCGGAUGAGCUUCACCUAUGAGAUAUACGACAGCCCUGACGGCUUGGUCGGCUCCAUGGCGUCUGAUGGAAGCUGGAGUGGCCUCAUCAAUGAACUCAUUCAGAAGAGAGCUGAAAUAGCAGUCGGUCCAAUCUCAGUGAUGGCAGAGCGGGAGAAUGUGGUGGAUUUCACUGUUCCCUACUAUGAUCUGGUAGGCUUGACUAUCCUGAUGAAGAAGCCGAGCUUUGACUAUUCCCUGGUCAAGUUCCUCAGCGUCCUGGACGAGGAUGUGUGGGGAUGCAUCAUUGGCGCUUUCUUCCUCUUCAGCAUCCUCAUCUGCGUCUUUGACAAACUCAGCCCCUUCAGCUACCAAAACAGCAAGCAAGAAUGGAAUGGGGAUGGCCCCGAACCUAGAGUGUUCUCGUUGAAGGAAGGCAUCUGGUUCUGCAUGAUGUCACUGACGCCGCAGGGGGGAGGAGAGACGCCACGUGCGUUGUCAGGGCGACUGAUUGCUGCCACCUGGUGGCUGUUUGGUUUCAUCAUCAUCGCCACAUACACCGCCAAUCUGGCUGCCUUCCUGACAGUGUCCCGUCUGGAGACACCGAUUGAGUCCCUCGAUGACCUCUCGAAGCAAUUCAAGGUCAAGUAUGCACCUAUGAAUGGCAGCAACGCCCAAAUCUACUUCCAGCGAAUGGCGGAUAUUGAAAACAAGUUCUACGGUAUAUGGAAAGACAUGUCUCUCGACGACAACCUGGACGUGGUGUCACGGGCCAAGCUGGCAGUGUGGGACUACCCCGUGAGCGACAAGUACACCAAACUCUGGGAAACCAUGAAGACGUCUCUGUUCCCUAGCAACAAGCAUGAGGCCGUCAAAAGAGUCCUUACUGGAGAAUUUGCUUUCAUUGCGGACGCCACCGUCAACAAGUACUCCACCCUGACGGACUGCGACCUGUGGGAGGUGGGGGAGGAGUUCUCAAGGAAGCCCUAUGCCCUGGCGGUGCAGGAGGGGUCGCCUCUGCGGAGUCAGCUGUCUAACAUUAUCCUGCAGCUGAUCAACCAGAGAGAACUGGAAGAAAUGAAGACCAAAUGGUGGAGGAAAGAUCAAAAAGAGUGCCCAAAGAUCGAAAACGAGAGCGACGGCAUCAGCAUCAAAAACAUCGGCGGAGUCUUCCUCGUAAUCGUCAUCGGCUCCGGCCUGGCUCUCAUCACUCUGGCCCUGGAGUGCUACUGGUACAAGUACAAGCCGAAACAGAAGAAGAAGCUGUACAACAUCAACUCUCAGACCAACCUGACCAAGAACACUGUGUCGUCGGUAACGCUGCCUAAUGGCAUAGAAAAUGGAGGCUUCGAAACUACUUUUGAGAGCAUGUUUGAUAAGGAGAAGAAGGAAGAAGAAAACAGGGUUAAUGGAACUAUCGACAAGGGGAAGAACGAGAAGGAGGACGGAUACAUCAGUGGAGGGUUCCUGGAAAUGGUGGAACGUCUUUGAGACUGAAAGUCUCCUGUUUGUUGAUGCCAAAAGUCGCCGAGGGAGAUUUCCCCAAACAGUUCAAUGCUAGCAUACAAGUAGCACCAGUGUUUUACUAAUCAUUACGCACUAGGAAGUCGUUACCAGUAAUAACAUCCGUGUGGUUUAGUGUAAUUAGAGAUUUACUAUUGAUGUUAUCAUACAUGUUUGUAACAAGUGUUUAUACCUGGGAUCAUAUUUCUAACAUCAUAUAAUUAUUGUUUUUAUGUGAUGAUGUGUCACGUUUGCAAAAGCCUUGACCUUCAUCUGACCCAACGUCAGUCAUUGAAACCGAAACCUUCAUUAUUUUGUGACUAUACUCGACUAAUAUGUUGGAGAUCAUAAACGUUUUAACCUGUGUGUACAGCCUAUCAACACAUCAACAGAAACAUAUGAGCCUUCAACUUUUGUGUUCAGUGUAGAAUCUCAUGUCCUCACGGUAAUAAGCCAUUGUUCUUUGUUAGGCAUCUUUAUUGAUCCAGUUCCGUCCAGUGUGUGACCAGUGUUUUACAGUGUUUUUAUAUAUGUUAUGGAGUAAUUUGUGGUUGUACAGACCAUCACAGUAACGUUAAAAGCAAGCAUCACCGAAGUGUCUUUCAUGGCGUUUUCUUAGACAAGUUUUGCAAAUAUGCCUUGCUCAUCUUGUUUUACCGUUCAUAUAACUGUAGAUCCUGUUCAAUAACACCGUAUAUAUCUUUGCCUAUUAAUUGUUUUGGUCUUGCUUAUAUGAAGGCUAUGGUAUAUAUUUGACGCAUAUCAUGUAUGCUUUUGUACUCUCGUCGAUAUGGUUUAUUCAGGACGUUUGGGUAGUCUAGUGUUUAAACAUUCGCCACAAAGACGAAGACCCGGGUUUGAUUCUGCACAUGGGUGCAGUAUGAUUCCAUUCUGUCAAAGAUAUGACAAUGGAACCCAUGACGUUUGUUGAACAAACAGUUACAAUUUAUCACCAGACAUGUCAGUGCCUUAGGUAUUUAUACUAAUAACUAUGCCACAAAAACAUCCGUCACAUGUUCGACCUGACAAUCUGUUAAUAUACUGUACCCCCAACACCACAAUCCCCAACCCAUUACCCUUCCUUUAGGCGCAGCUGUCGUAUAAGGAGGUCAAGGUCAAAGCAAUAUCAAUUGACCCGAGUACGGCGACUUUCUUUAAUCAUUGUCACAAAUCAUGGGCAAUACCGUUCAGUUCUAUGUAUUAGGAUUGACACCUGGUGUCUGUGACGUUAUGACGCUACGUUAAUAAGAUUACGAUAAGUAAAUGUUUUAUAUAACAUCCCGAAAAAUGUACUGUUCUUAUACACAUGUGAUUACAUUUAUAUUUCAUUUUUCGCGCUGAUAAAUCAAGCAACGAGCUAACAUUUGCAAAUAUUAUUUUAUAGCUGUUGCUUAACGAGGAAGAGUUUUAUCACUACAGAAGCUGAUUUCCAAAAAGUUCCAAGGGAGCGUCCCUUUGGACUGAAAUAGAUCCUUUCCGGGCGGAUCUCUUUGGGUUCAACUUGAACCAUAAAACCAUCUGCAUACUAUUAGCCCAGGACGGAUUCAGAUCAGUGCGUCUGUAUAUAGAUUAACAAUAUCUCGCACCCAGAUUUUGUUAAUCCAAAGUUUAAUUACAUGUGCAUCUUCACACCAAAUAGCACCGUACGGAUUAACGAGUGUCAUUGUUCCCAACACCUGAUACAUUUUAAGCUACGUGCUCACUUUGCGUCGUUGAUGAAGUAUUUCCUCUACAUGGUUUCGUGAUGUAUUCACAGUAAGCGCAGGAAAUUCCAUGUCUUUGUGUAUUUCACAUUUAUCAUGUAUUAUGUUGUUUCAACAAAAUUAUUCUAUUUUUUAAGU